AUGCGCCGCCGCCAGCACCUUGCCCUCGCCGCCGCCGCCAAAUCCCACGCCGCGCUCCUCAAGUCCGGCGCCUCCUCCCCCACGCCCUGGAACCAGCUCCUCACCGCGUACUCCGGCUCCGGCUCCGGCCUCGCCGCCGCGCGCCGGGUGUUCGACGAGAUCCUCCGCCCCGACGCGGCCUCCUGGAACUCCCUCCUCGCCGCGCACGUCGCCGCCGGCGCGCACCGGGACGCAUGGCGCCUGCUCCGGGCCAUGCACGCGCGGGGGCUCGCCGCCAGCUCCUUCACCCUCGGCUCCGCCCUCCGCUCCGCGGCCGCCACGCGACGCCCGGAGCUCGGCGCCCAGCUGCAGUCGUUCGCCGUCAGGUGCGGCCUCGCUGACAACGUCUUCUCUGCUAGCGCAUUGCUAGAUGUGUAUGCGAAAUGUGGCCGAUUGAGCGAUGCUCGCCGAGUGUUCGAUGGAAUGCCAGUACGGAAUACCGUUUCUUGGAACGCGCUCAUUGCUGGAUACGCGGACUCUCAGAAGCCGGCAGAAGCAAUGGAUCUGUUUCUCGAGAUGCAGAGGGUGGGGUUGGUCCCAGAUGAUGGGACAUUUGCUGCGUUGCUAGCUACAAUUGAGGGCCCGCGCUGGUUUUCCUUGAUGCAGCAGCUGCAUGGAAAGAUUGUGAAGUAUGGUUCAGCAUUGGGGUUGGUAGUGCUAAACGCAGCAAUCACUGCUUACUCGCAGUGUGGCGCACUUGCAGACUCUAGAAAGAUCUUUGAUGGAAUUGAGAGUAGGGAUUUGAUAUCAUGGAAUUCUAUACUUGGGGCCUAUGCUUACCAUGGGAUGAACAGUGAGGCAAUGAGAUUCUUCGUCAGGAUGAUGCGGAGAGUGGAAUCCAGCCUGACAUGUAUAGCUUUACAAGUGUCGCAAGGGAGAUCAAUUCAUAGUUUGGUGAUCAAGAUUGGGUUGGAAGGAGUCACACAUGUUUGCAACGCUAUGGUCGCCAUGUACACUAGGUUCACUGAGUACUGCAUGAUGGAAGAUGCAUAUAAGUGCUUUAAUUCUCUGGUUUUUAAGGAUGCAGUCUCCUGGAACUCUAUGUUAACUGGGUAUUCACAUCAUGGUUUGAGUUCUGACGCUUUGAGAUUCUUCAGAUGCAUGCGAGCAGAGAAUAUUAGGACAGAUGAGUUUGCGCUCUCUGCUGCUCUGAGGUCUUGCUCAGACCUUGCUGUACUUCAGCUAGGUAGACAAGUACACAGUUUAGUCAUCCAAUCUGGUUUUGCUUCCAAUGACUUUGUUUCAAGCUCGCUGAUCUUCAUGUAUUCUAAGUGCGGAAUGCUUGGUGAUGCAAGAAAGUCUUUUGAAGAGGCAGAUAAGGGUAGCUCGGUGCCCUGGAACUCGAUGAUGUUUGGUUAUGCACAACAUGGGCAGGCACAGACUGUGACCGACCUCUUCAAUGAGAUGCUGGACCUUGAGGUUCCUUUGGAUCAUGUUACCUUUGUUGCCCUGAUUACCGCCUGCAGCCAUGGUGGUCUUGUAGAUGAAGGGUCGGAAAUUCUCAAUACAAUGGAAACUAGGUACAAAAUUCCUCUGCGAAUGGAACACUAUGCAUGUGGAGUUGAUCUAUAUGGGAGGGCUGGGCAGCUUGACAAAGCAAAAGAGCUUAUUGAGUCUAUGCCAUUUCAGCCAGAUGCCAUGGUGUGGAUGACCCUUUUAGGUGCUUGCAGAAUCCAUGGGAAUAUGGAACUAGCAAGCGAUGUGGCAAGCCAUUUGUUUGUGGCAGAACCUCGGCAGCACUCCACCUAUGUUCUUCUCUCCAGCAUGUAUUCUGGUCUUGGUAUGUGGAGUGAUAGAGCAACAGUGCAGAAGAUAAUGAAGAACAGGGGAUUAAGCAAAGUUCCUGGAUGGAGCUGGAUUGAGGUGAAAAAUGAGGUGCAUUCUUUUAAUGCAGAUGAUAGGUCACACCCAAGGAUGGAUGAAAUCUUUGAUAUGUUAAGAAUGCUGCUUCAGGUUGCACAGAGGCUUUGCUCUUCUGGAGAUGAAGAGAUUCUCGUGACAAUAUCCAGUGAUACAUGA